CACGUACAAGAGCACGAGAAUACUCUUAUAACCAAAUUCUUUGGGGUGCACAGGAUAGCACUAAAACAUGGGAAAAAGAAUUACGCAUUCAUCAUCGUUAUGAUUUGAAGGGUUCAUCUCAAGGGAGAUCUACAAAGAAAGACGAGAUUGAUGAGAGCACCACACUGAAAGAUCUUGACUUGACAUAUGAGUUUCAUAUGGACAGAUCAUUGCGCGAGUCACUUUUUAGACAGCUAUCUCUAGACUCUUUAUUCUUAGAAUCUCAAGGGAUCAUAGACUACAGCCUUUUAUUGGGGUUGCAUUUCAGAGCUCCUGAACAUCUAAAAUCUCUUUUAGAGACACCUGAUUCAUUGCAUACACCUGAGAGUUCAGUUACCGACGUUGAUGGUGUGAUCUCGUCAGGGGAGCACUUGAUUCUUCCGAGGGGUUUGGUUUUAGUAACCCAUGAACCUAGCUCAGUCAGCACACUACCUGGUCCACACAUUCGAGGAAACGCUUUGAAAGCUUUCUCAAUUGGUAACAAGGAAGCUGAUCUUCUUUUGCCUGGUACUGGAAGGUUACGGGUGCAAUUAGGCGUACAUAUGCCAGCUCAAGCAAAUCACAGAAUUGUGCAGGACGAUACAGACUCAACCGAAUUUGAACUUUUUGAAGUUUAUGACAUUAUUCUCUUCCUUGGUGUAAUAGAUAUAUUGCAAGAAUACAACCUGAAAAAGAAAAUCGAGCAUAAAUAUAAAUCUUUGAAGUUUGAUCCAUUGUCAAUAUCUGCCGUGGAACCCAAGGCUUAUUCAAAACGUUUCAUUAGCUUCCUUGAAAAGGUUUUUCCCUUAGAUCCUUAACAGUUAUAUCUGAGCUGUUGUUCAUGCUUUCAGAAUUUGUUUUUAACCAACCAAUAAUAUGUAUACUUGUCGAAUUCUUUGUAUAGAAGAUGCCCUAUUUGUAUGGUA